CUACCCCAAAAAAAGUAAUUUAAAAAAAGCCUCAUUUCAUUUAGGGGUGUCGUCUCACUCUCGCAGCGCUCUGAGUAACAGUCUAAUUUACGUUGUUAUGGCAUCAUCGGCACCGCUAAGCUCAGCCGCCCAAAACCCAGCGAAGUCGUUGGGUUUUAUUGCAACCGCUAUGAAGCGGAAGGACAGCUACAUUCAGUUCUUCGCAAUGACUGGAAUUUUGCUGCUGAGCGUCAGAUCACUGGGCCAAAAGUAUCGCCUCCACGAUCUUCACGAGGACACCUCGGCUCUUAAGGAGGAGCAAGAAGCCCUUACCAACCGCAUGAACAACAUAAAGCGCGAUCUCCUCCAUGAGGCCUCUCUCGAGCCCACUGGUCUCUUCGCUUCUAGGCUUCGCCUUCUCUUUGGCGAACGAGAGUGAUCGCACUGUGAGUUGAUGUUCUGAGGCUUCCUUCUCUUUCUCGUCACUCUAGGUAGUUAUUCGGAAAGAGAUGCGAAAUUUAACCCGAAUUUGAUAAAUUGGAUGCUCAAUUCAGUGGUUUCUUGUUUCUUACUUGUUGUCGACCUAGGGUUUUGUAUCCUUAUUUCGUAUUCCUGUGAGUUUAAGAUUUUGACGCAGACUGUAUACUGUUUCGUGAUCGAUUUUGGCUUAGGUUAGUUUGUUUAGUGGAACGUGACAAGGAAGUAAUCUUUCAAAUAAAUUGUUGAACACUGAGCUUAAUUUACAUUUUCUUUUUCAUUGUGCGUGAA